CUGGGACAAGUAAUGUAGAAUUACCACCUGCUGAACCAGGAAUGUACCAGUUGGAUAUUACAUUAAGACGAGGUACUAAUUUAGCAGUUCGUGAUCGAAGAGGAACAAGUGAUCCAUAUGUCAAAUUUAAACUUGGUGGAAAAGAAAUCUUUAGAAGUAAAACAAUCAGUAAGAAUCUUAAUCCUGUUUGGGAGGAAGGAACUUCCAUUCUUAUUGAACACUUAAGAGAGCAAUUAUAUAUAAAGGUUUUUGAUUAUGAUUUUGGACUUCAAGAUGAUUUCAUGGGGUCAGCUUUUUUGGACCUGAAUUCCCUAGAACAAAAUAGGCCUGUUGAUGUUACCUUGAGUCUGAAGGACCCACAUUAUCCUGACCAAGAUCUUGGGACUAUACUGUUAACCAUGUUGCUGAUCCCAAAAGAGCAGCAGAGGGAAGGGACAAUACUAAUGAGGAAGAGUUGGAAAAGAACAAGUAAGACCCAGAGUGUACGUCUGUCAGACCUGCACAAAAAAGCUCAGCUAUGGAGAGGAAUAGUCAGUAUCACUUUAAUUGAAGGUUGUGGACUCAAAGCCAUGGACCCAAAUGGGCUGAGUGAUCCCUAUGUGAAAUUUCGGCUGGGACAUCAGAAGUACAAGAGUAAGAUAAUGUCAAAAACUUUGAAUCCCAAGUGGAGGGAACAAUUUGACUUACAUCUUUAUGAGGAACGAGGUGGAAUUAUUGAUAUUACAGUAUGGGACAGAGAUGCUGGCAAAAAGGAUGAUUUUAUUGGCAGGUGCCAGGUUGACUUGUCAAUUCUAAGCAAAGAGCAUACUCAUAAGCUAGAGCUGCCUCUGGAAGAAGGCGAAGGCCAUCUGAUACUGCUGGUUACAUUGACUGCUUCAGCUGCGGUCAGCAUCUCUGACUUCUCAAUGAAUGCCUUGGAAGAUCUAAAGGAACGGAAAGAAAUCCUAAAAAGAUAUAACCUAAUGCAGAUGUUUCAAAACAUAAAGGAUGUGGGAUUUCUCCAGGUAAAGGUCAUCAGAGCAGAAGGUUUGAUGGCAGCUGAUGUUACAGGUAAAAGUGAUCCAUUUUGUGUAAUUGAAUUGAACAAUGAUAGAUUGUUGACCCACACAAUAUAUAAGAACCUAAAUCCUGAGUGGAACAAAAUCUUCACUUUCAAUAUUAAAGAUAUCCACUCAGUUCUUGAAGUGACAGUUUAUGAUGAAGAUCGUGAUAGGAGUGCGGACUUCCUAGGCAAAGUGGUCAUUCCAUUAUUGUAUAUUCAAAAUGGUGAACAGAAAGCCUACGUUUUGAAAAACAAGCAGCUGACAGGGCCAACAAAGGGGGUCAUCUAUCUUGAAAUGGAUGUGAUUUUUAAUGCUGUGAAAGCCAGCAUCCAAACAUUAAUGCCCAAAGAACAGAAAUAUAUUGAAGAAGAAAACAGACUAUCUAAACAGCUUCUUCUAAGGAACUUUAUGCGUGUGAAACAUUGUGUCAUGGUGAUUAUAAAUGCUGCCUAUUUUAUAAAUGGUUGUUUUGAAUGGGAGUCACCACCAAGAAGUCUAGCUGCUUUUGUGCUUUUCCUGAUUGUAACAUGGAAUUUUGAGCUGUACAUGAUUCCACUAGUCUUGUUGAUGCUGUUGGUGUGGAAUUACCUCUUGGUCAUAUCAGGAAAGGAUAAUCGGCCACAUGAUACUCUAGUGGAGGACAUGCUAGAGGACGAGGAAGAAGAGGAUGACAGAGAUGACAAGGACAGUGAAAAGAAAGGCUUUAUGAAUAAACUCUAUGCCAUUCAGGAAGUGUGCAUCAGUGUUCAGAACAUCCUCGAUGAGGUGGCUUCUCUUGGAGAAAGGAUUAAGAAUACAUUCAACUGGACUAUUCCAUUCAUAAGCUGGCUGGCCAUUGUUGCUCUCUGUGUGUUCACAGUCAUCCUGUAUUUCAUUCCACUGAGAUACAUUGUCCUUGUCUGGGGCAUCAACAAAUUUACAAAGAAACUCCGAAGUCCAUAUGCGAUUGAUAACAACGAACUACUUGAUUUUCUUUCCAGAGUACCUUCAGAUGUGCAACUGGUGCAUUAUCAAGAACUGAAACCAGACCUUUCUCACAGCCCAAGUAAGAGGAAGAAAAACAACCUUAGCUAGUCAGUUCCAUGUGCUGAACAGAUCAGCAUCUGAAGAAGGCGUCAGCAACUGAACAGAUCAACAUUUGAGGAGGAUUUCUUCUCUUCCUAAUUUUUUGUUUAUUUUCUUUUGGGUAGUGAUUUUUUUUAAAAAAAUGGUAAUCUUAAUGAGAAAUGUGUAAAUACUGUACAGAGAGAUUAAGCCGGGAAAAUAUUAUUUCCGUUGUACAGAACUACAAUGAAAGUUUGAAAUUUAGCUUAUGCUCGAGCUUUGUAGAUGAGAAUAGCCAUCAAUAGCAUGAAUGUGGAAUGGUACGUGACAGACACAU